AUGAAGGAGGAUGGCGAAAAACUAAAGCAGCGUCUUCCUGCUCGGAAGGCUGAGUUAGAAUUAAUCGUCCAAAACGCAGGCAACCGUCUGGCCAAACUGAAACCACUCAUGUCCCGUCGGACGGAUCUUCUUACGAGGCAAGUAGAAGCCGCGCGCCACCUUCUCGAUCUACGGUUGGCCAUUGCAUGGACACGUGAACGCCUCGCCCAGCUGCGUCAAGUCGCCUCACCUCAGGCAGACACCGGUCGUCCUGGAGUCAUGCGUGAGGCGGAUGGAGUUGCGGAGUCCAUCGACAUGGGAGGCCUGGGCCGAGUGGGCCGGUUGGCUGUAGGCGGCUCCAAGGCAGGAGCCAGGCUGAUGGGGGUGCAGCAACAGCGACGAGCCCUGAAAAGCUAUGAAUUGGAGGUGGAGAACAGAAGCCCCAGAAUUCGGCAUCUUUGUGAGAGGAAGUUUUUUCAACUCCAAACAGAGGGCCUUAGAGUGCGCCGAGCUAACUUUUCCUCCAGAUUCACUUCCUCUACCUCAGACAAAUUCUGAGCUUGUUAUAAUUGUGAAAGAGUGACUCGGAUAUAUGUUCGAGGCAUCCUAGUCAUUGUCCUUCGUCCCUUAAUUGCCAAACAUUUUCGCCUCUUCCUGGCUAACAAGAGAGGGGGCUUCCUGAGGCAGCAAGUUGUUCACUUGCUUACUUCCGUUCUCAUCAAAACGAGUCAUCUCACCCCAGAAGUUCUCAGUCAAACCGAACUUGGUGACCCAGUCACUUUUCCUCCUCACGGCGUAAUUGGCUUUCUUAUUCUUGUCCUCUAG